AUGUCGCCACAUUCAGACGACGAACCCAACUUGAAGCUCGAGGCUGAUGGCCGGUCUCUCAGCCCGACCCCAGAGCCCGAGUCAAAUCCAAUGGACAAUAUCGAAUUUCCCUCGGGGAUGGCCUUGACUGUGAUCAUGGCUGGCUUGGUAGCUGCAAUCUUUUUGAUCUCCCUGGACACCACCAUUAUCUCGACUGCUAUCCCUCGCAUCACGGAUGAAUUUCACACAGUGACGGACAUUGGAUGGUACGGAUCGGCUUUCUUCCUCACCCUCGCUUCUUUCCAGGGCACAUGGGGCAAGAUAUACCGCUACUUCCCACUCAAAAUGAGCUUCGUGGCAUCCAUGGCUCUGUUUGAGGUGGGCUCAUUGAUCUGUGCUGUCGCGAAGAACUCUGUGACACUGAUUGUUGGUCGCGCUAUCGCCGGCGUGGGCGCCGCAGGUAUCUCCUCUGGAUCCUACACCAUUCUAGCCUUCUCGGUUCGUCCUGAAAAGCGUGCCGCCAUGACAGGUGCCAUCGGAGCUAGUUUUGCCGUCGCCAGUGUCGCCGGUCCUCUCAUCGGUGGAGCCUUCACAGAGAAGUCAACCUGGCGAUGGUGUUUCUGGGUCAAUCUACCCAUUGGUGGCCUUGCAGCUGGGUUGGUCAUUCUGUUCUUCAAAGCUCCCCCGCAAUCCCAGGUGAAGAAUGCCUCGUGGAAGGAAAUCAUGCUUCAAAUGGACUUUUCUGGAAUCUUACUCCUGCUCGGCGCGAUCCUUUGUUUCCUGCUCGCCCUGCAAUGGGGUGGGUCGGCCAAAUCUUGGAAGAAUGCAGACGUGAUUGGGACGUUGAUCGGCUUUGGGUUGCUCAUUGUGCUUUUCUGUGUCAACGAGGUCAUGUUGAAAGAUAAAGCCAUGAUCCCACCCCGGUUAAUGAAGCACACUACUGUUCUUUUCAGCUCAGCCUACACUUUCUUUUUCUGCGGCUCUUUCUACCUGUUGCUUUACUACCUCCCAAUCUACUUUCAGUCCGCCAAAGGCAGCUCAGCCGCGAACUCGGGCGUUCGUAUGCUGCCACUGGUGUUAGGAAAUGGGCUGUUUGCCACCCUUUCCGGUGUCAUUCUGGGUAUGAUCGGAUACUACAUGCCUCUGCUGACGGUGGCGAGCGUAUUGACCACCGUCGCAAGUGGCUUACUCUAUACCCUUGAUUUAAACUCUGGGCCCAACAAGUGGAUCGGGUAUCAAGCCAUGGCAGGUAUCGGCAUUGGACUAGGAAUUCAGGUGCCCAUGAUGGCGAGUCAGGCUGCUGUGGAGGUGCAAGAUUUAUCCACUGUUUCCGCCCUCAUCCUCUUCUUCCAGUGCAUAGGGGGUGCUAUUUUUGUGCAGGCAGCCCAGGCUGCUUUUAGCAACAAGUUAGUGCAGGAGGUGCAUCGGCAUCUACCAGAUCUUAGCACGGCUCUCAUAUCUGGAGCUGGUGCGACCGAACUGAAAGAGAUUUUCACCACUGACCAGCUUGCCGUGGUUUUGGAUGGCUACAUGGCCGGAUUGAAGGACUGUUUCAUCCUAUCCAUCGUCCUUGCGGCGAUUGCUAUCUUGCUAUCUUUCUGUUUUGGGCGGAGGAACUCGAAAAGCAAAGAGACACCUGUGGCCGAUCGUACAGGAGAAGCCUGA